UGAGCGAGGCGACUUUGGCAAUCGUUCUUGUGCUCCUGCUGCAAAUCGAAAUUGCUUCGUGGGCCAGACUCUGGAUCUCAGCCCUUUUUUCUUAUUAGUAUAGUAUUACAGGCAGGCAGAGGCAGGUUAUCGAUCUUCUUCUCCCAGCAACCUGUUUGGGCAAGGGUUCUUGUUCGUCGGGACAAGCAAAGGAAUCGAAUCUCCCUCCGCGUCCAAAGGUUCGCAAAGAUGUUGGAGGAGCUGCUCAUCUUCACGCGGGGCGGCCUCAUCCUGUGGUCAUCAUGCCGGGCGCUCGGCGGCGCCGCCCUCAAGGGCUCGCCCAUCGACGCCCUCAUCCGUUCCUGCCUCCUCGAGGAGCGAUCCGCCGACGCCAGCUUCUCCCAGGACAACCACGCGCUCAAGUGGACCUUCCACAACGAGCUCGGACUUGUCUUUGUGGCGGUCUACCAGCGCAUGCUCCACCUCCUCUACGUCGAUGACCUCCUUGCUGCUGUCCGCAAGGAGUUCUCGCAGAUUUACGACCCCAAGCGCACCAACUACGAUGACUUCAGUGAUAUAUUCCGGCAGCUACAUCUCGAGGCUGAAGCGCGGGCCGAGGAUAUGAACAAGUCUAAACAGGCCGUGCUGUCCCGUCCGUUGCCGGCUGCUUCCCAGAAGAUUGGUGGUCGCAAGGUCCGCGGCGGUCCUGCUGCUGGUGGGAAGAAGGGUGGCUCUGGGAAGGAUGACUCUGAUGGAGACUCCGGGAAGGAGCAGCACACUACUUUGCCAAAUGGUAUCUUCAAUGGGCAAGAGAAUGGUGGUCUUAAGAAGGACAAUUCUCAUGCCCGUGAUGUUGUUGUUGUUAAAGGGAAGGAGAAUGGAGGACCCAUGGAUAAUGGGGCCUUUGAUGUAAAUAAGUUACAGAAGUUGCGGAACCACAAGAAAGUUAGGAACAAUGAUGCUACUGACAAUGGAACCAAGAAGCUGACUAAACCCCCCGAGCCAAAGAAAAAAGGGAAGCCACAGAGGGUGUGGGAUGACGCACCUUCCUACAAGAAACUGGAUUUCACAGACCCAGCCGAUGAGAGAGAGGACGAGGUCACAGAGCAUGUGGUGGUCAACCAGGGAGAAAGCAUGAUGGAUAAUGAUGACUAUGUCAGCAGCGACAGCGAGGAGGAAGGGGUGGAAGAUGUCCCAAAAAAGAAAGGAUGGAUCUCCUCAAUGUUUCAGAGUAUUGCGGGUAAUAAUGUACUGGAGAAGUCUGAUCUGCAACCGGCGCUCAAAGCUCUUAAAGAUAGGCUGAUGACCAAGAAUGUGGCAGAGGAAAUUGCAGAAAAGCUUUGUGAAUCGGUUGCAGCUAGCCUUGAGGGCAAGAAGCUAGGAUCUUUCACAAGAAUAUCCUCUACCGUCCAGACAGCUAUGGAGGAGGCUCUUCUUCGCAUUUUGACUCCAAGGCGAUCUAUUGACAUACUGAGAGAUGUACAUGCUGCCAAGGAACGUGGGAGACCAUAUGUCAUUGUUUUUGUUGGGGUGAAUGGAGUUGGCAAAUCCACCAAUCUUGCAAAGGUUGCUUAUUGGCUUCUUCAGCAUAACCUCAGUGUCACACUUGCAGCAUGUGACACGUUUAGAUCUGGUGCUGUUGAGCAGCUGCGUACUCAUGCUCGUAGGCUUCAGAUUCCUAUAUUCGAGAAGGGUUAUGAAAAGGACCCAGCAGUUGUAGCAAGGGAAGCUAUUCAGGAAGCAAGCCGAAAUAAAUCAGAUGUUGUUCUGGUUGACACUGCUGGACGUAUGCAGGACAAUGAGCCACUCAUGAGGGCUCUCUCCAAGCUCAUCAAUCUCAACAGCCCAGAUUUGGUUUUAUUUGUUGGUGAAGCAUUGGUUGGAAAUGAUGCAGUGGAUCAGCUCACUAAAUUUGACCAGAAAUUGGCAGACCUGUCUGCUGUUCCUGCUGCUAGAUUGAUUGAUGGUAUCCUGCUCACCAAGUUUGACACCAUUGACGACAAGGUUGGAGCAGCACUUUCCAUGGUUUACAUAUCUGGAGCCCCAGUCAUGUUCGUUGGUUGCGGUCAGUCUUACACUGACCUGAAGAAACUGAACGUCAAGUCCAUCGUUAAGACCCUCCUGAAGUGAAUGCUAUGUGCUGCCCUCUGAUGUGUACUGCCUAAGCUUGUUACCUCUAAAUCCCCCGUGACCUUGUCAUCGUCAUGUUGGACGAGGAUGUAUCCCAAGUACUUGUUGUAGAAGCUUAUGGUCAUGCGUGCACUUGUAUCAGCGUAUUAACUUGGUUUACCAUAUAACAGAACAAGUAUAUAUUGCUUCAAAUUGGUAAUUGGGUGAA